UCUAUAUCGAUCUAUAGAUAGUGGUGAUAUACAAUGGAUCAAGUUGAGCUUCUGUCAGACCGAAUCGCAGCUGUUCAACUUGACAGAAAGAGAAACAGGGAACUGCAACGCCGAGAGAGGAUCUUUAAUGACAAAGUCCGCACGAUUGGACUUGACUAUGAUGCUCUCGACCAUCAAGUUAAAGAACGAAGAGAGAAAGACCAACGCGAAGCAAACGAACUGGAAGUCUAUGCUGAUGACCUGCUGUGCAGUGAUCGUGUAGCCUGUGUCCUGGAGCAGCGGCAGAAGAAAGAUGAGCGUCUGCUGAAUGAAGCCAUCGUGCAAUUUAGGGAACAAUUCCAACAAACAACCAGCAGACGUGAGUUUGAUCUGAACGAUCCAGAGCUGCUAAAGAAGCAGGAAGGUGUACGGAUUCUCCCGGGACUGACUGGAGAAGAUCUGAGCCAGAAGGACAGGCUGAGGAAGCAGCAGGAGCAGCUCAGAGCAUGGACCCUUCAACAGCAAGAAGAACUAGAGCGAGCGAAACAACAGCUUCAACAAGAAGUGCAUCAGCACGAUCAAAGCAGAAUGUCUCUGGAUAACCGAGCUCUUGAACUGCAGAAGAUGGAGGAACAAUACAAGAGAGCUGCAGCCAUCGCCACUAAAGACUUUAACCGGGCACUGGCUGCAGAAAUCACACAUCGCCGUCUACAAGAGUGUCACGAGGAAGAGGAGAACAACCAGACGGACAUCCUGAACCAGCUAAAUGGGGACCUGCUGAUGGAAAACCCUGAACAGAAAGUAAGUGUGCUGGGUCUGUCCCGCCUGCGCAGGGACUGUUACAAGGGAAUGAGUCCUGAAGAGCUCCAGCAGUACACGCAGUACCAGCUGCAGCAAGCAGAAGAUAGGAAGAGCGCUGCCGUGAAGCAACGUGAGAAGGAGCUUCAGGAACAUCACGAGAACAUGACAUCAGCCCGGGCUGCACUGCUGCUGGAAAGACAGCAAGCGCGGAUUAAUAAGGAGCUGCGCAGGAGUUUGGACAACACCAACGCACAGCUGGCCCAGACCCAUGAUGCUCGGAAGGAACAUCUCCAGGAUCUGUACACCAACAUUCCAGACGAGCGCUACUUUUCCCAGUUUAAUACCAGCAGUAGAUAAACAUUACAGCGU